GUUUCACUCUGCCGCUCGAACGGUCCUAUUCUCGUGUCCCGUACGACAGCCAUCUCAGAGGCUGACAGCUCCCUUUUUCAGUUAGCGUUUUUUCUCCCCCGACUUAACCCUUUCCCGCCCCCUUUGGAUUAAGUGACCGCCGAAACGUUUUCCAAAGUGAUUUUAGUGACUGUGACGUCUCUUAAGGAUAUCCCAUUAAACAGGCGGGUGAUGAAGCGGAAAGACGAUUCUGACUGAAGAACCAGUGAUACCCCUUUCCCGGUCAAUCAAGUUUUUUUUUAAAUACGUUUUCCUGUUUGGUUGAAUAAAAAAUAUAUCAAAAAGACAAGUGGGACAGUGACAGUGCACGGGUAUUAAAAGGAUUAGCGAGCUGGAUUCUUCGUUUCACUCUGGAUUUUAAAGAUGAAUCUGUCAUAGAUGAUGGGCGAGGAGAAGAGAAGCGACGAUGACUGGUUGGUGAGCGGAGGGUCCCCCAGGGCGUAUCAAGCCCAGACGAACGGGUACCCUUCCCCGACCAUGUCUUCUAACAGCUACGACCCAUAUAGCCCCAAUUCGAAAAUAGGAAGGGAAGACUUAUCACCGCCCAAUUCUCUCAACGGGUAUUCGGCGGAUAGCUGCGAUGGAUCGAAGAAGAAGAAAGGGACGGCGGUCCGGCAGCAGGAAGAGCUCUGCCUCGUCUGCGGCGACCGGGCUUCAGGUUACCAUUACAACGCCCUGACUUGUGAGGGAUGCAAGGGAUUUUUCCGCAGAAGCAUCACUAAGAACAACGUCUACCAGUGCAAGUAUGGCAACAACUGUGAGAUCGACAUGUACAUGAGGAGAAAGUGUCAGGAGUGCAGGCUCAAGAAGUGCCUCUCCGUCGGCAUGAGGCCAGAAUGCGUGGUACCUGAAUAUCAGUGUGCAGUUAAAAGAAAGGAAAAGAAGGCACAGAAGGACAAAGAUAAGCCGGUUUCGACAACAAAUGGAUCCCCCGAGGCCAUCAAAGUUGAACCUGAACCUCAUAGGGUCAGUUACACAUCAAGUCUCUUUCAAUCCAUGAUUAAAGAGUCACAAACACAAUCGACUGAGGGUGAACUGGCCAAAGUGGCUGUUAAUGGUAUUAAGCAAGUCAGUGCAGAGCAAGAAGAGCUUAUCCACCGACUUGUCUACUUCCAAAACGAAUAUGAACACCCUUCAGAUGAGGAUGUUCGUAGGAUUAACACACCAAAUGAUGAAGAGGAACAGAGUGAUCUCAAGUUCCGUCACAUAACCCAAAUCACGAUCCUCACAGUUCAGCUAAUCGUUGAGUUCGCCAAAAGGCUCCCUGGAUUCGACAAGCUGCUGAGAGAAGACCAAAUUGCCUUAUUAAAAGCCUGUUCUAGUGAAGUGAUGAUGCUGAGAAUGGCGAGGAGGUACGACGCACAGUCCGACUCCAUCCUCUUCGCCAAUAACCAGCCUUACACCAGAGACUCGUACAACAUGGCAGGUAUGGGAGAUGUUGUAGAAGGUCUACUUAGGUUCUGCAGGCAAAUGUACAAUAUGAAAGUUGACAAUGCUGAGUACGCACUUCUCACUGCGAUCGUCAUCUUUUCUGAACGACCGUCAUUAACGGAAGGUUGGAAAGUCGAGAAAAUCCAGGAAAUCUAUCUGGAAGCACUUAAGUCUUAUGUAGACAACAGGGCAAGGCCACGAUCACCGACCAUUUUUGCCAAGCUGCUCUCAGUGCUCACCGAGCUACGGACUCUCGGUAAUCAAAACAGCGAAAUGUGUUUCUCGCUCAAGCUCCAGAACAGGAAGCUACCGCCGUUCCUAGCCGAGAUUUGGGACGUAAACCCAUGAGGGAGGCAGGGCCAAAGCCCGCUCUUCCCAAUCCGUGCCAGAAGACGUUUCCUGGCUGAGAGUGCCCAAAGCAGAAGUGUUUAGACCGUUACCAGUACACCUUGUUUGACCAAACCUACUUGGUUUAAAACCAUAAACUUUUCUAUGUGUGAAACAUGAAAUUGAAGUUAGCAAUAUGUGCUGAAAAUGUACAAAAGGUUUUGUUUUGUUUUUUUUAAAUAUUUUUUAUUGAAAAAGGCCUAUAAACAAUGGCUUUACUUCUGCAUAAGACACUGCUUUUUCUAGAAAUUGUGGGAAGUUCAAAUGACUUUUUCUUUUUUUUAAUGUACGUAAAAAUAGGGGAAGGUUACCUUUGGCACCCCGUAUUAAGAUGGGUUGUGCAAUCUGCAGCGUCGUAUGCAAUGAUAAAUUUCUUUUUUUUUCUCUGUCUAUAGAAAAUAGGAAUGAUUGAUUGUAUAUGAAAAAAAAAAAUUAUUAUUAGUUAUAAUUUAAUACUAGUAGAAAAUUUUCUUAAUCAUUAAUUGGAAUUUAAAAAAAUAAAUAAAAUGUGAAAUUGCUAUAGGAGUAAUUGGACACAAACACAUACACACCAAAUGGCAAUAAACCCAGAUAGGAUUAGCAACGAAAAUUUGGUUUCCACUUGAAGGUAUGGUUGUGAAUUUUGUGAAUUGAUUUUUAUUUUAUAUUU